UAUUUCCAAGAGGUGCGUUCAGAAAUCUAACGCGAUGGGCAGAGCAGCAUUUGAUUGGCCAAUCAAGAUCGAAAGAGCAAAGAUUUCUUUAUCACGAUUGGUUGAUAAACCCUACCUCGUCGAGCAGGAUUUCCGAACGCACCUAAGCAGGACUACGCCUGAUCGGGGAUCUUUUUACUUUCACGCGGCACGAUUCGACAAAAAUUCGGCGAGAACUGUACGUUCCAAAAUAAUGUCCAGUAGUGUCUCACUUGUCACGUCCACGUACGUCCGUGAACAUUCGUCGCAGGUAGAGUUGCUGAAUAUAUCGAGCACGUCGCGCCAUCGGAUCCGCCAUAUUCGAUCGUGUCAGAGAGGUUAGCUAUGUUGUGCACUCUGACGAGACGAUAUCUCUACUUCGCAAUGCCAUGUUGCUAUGUUAUUGCGAGAAACAUGUUAGAGCGUCCUCGCUUUCCGAUACGGUAAACGUUAUUGCGCGGCGGGUCGUACUCGCGGCCGGGUGUCCGUAUGAAAGUGCACAUUGCCGGGCCCGAUGGCGAAACCAGAGCGGCUUCGUUUCACGAUUCUGGAUGACCUGAUACUGCUGCGGGAGGUCUCGGGGCAAAACCCGUACGAGGAGAGCGACAGGUGGAAAACCGUCGCUGAGCGGGUUGUGAGGGCGACGCAGAAGAACUUCAGCCUGCGCUGCGUCAAGGAGCAUGUCGACCAUCUCUUGAAAAUUUGGGCGAGAGAAGGGCGCGCGCACUUGAGAAAGUCGGGCACCGAGGAACAGUACAAUGAGAAGGAACAACUUCUUCAGCAGGUGCAGGAUCUGCAGAGGGAGUUCCGACGCGCCGGCAAAGGUGUCAACUCGAACGGGCAGAAGUCGCAAGCUAGGGAUAUUACUUUCGAGGUAGAGAACAUUUUUAACAAUUUAGAGGUGAUAAUAGAAGAACCGACGGUAGGGAUGUCCAUACCUUCGUCGUUUCCAUCCUCGACGUUUCUACCGAUCGCAUUGCCAUCGCCAACUCUGUCCUCAUCGUCGUCUUCAUCGACCCCGCUAACUUCAGCCAGUCCAUUGCGAUCGCCGAACACGUCGCCGUCUAGAACCGGCGGCCCGAUCAGAAACAAGACACGGCACGAUGGACUGAGAAAGUCAACGUUGCAAUUCCUGCAGGAGAGGCACAAGAAGGAGGUGGAGCUUCAAGAGAAACAAUUCCGCCUGGAGGAGAGGAGAAUGCAACUCGAAGAGGAGAAGUUUAGGAUGGAGAGGAAGGAGCGCGAGGCCAGAUUGGAACUGGAGAUCGAAGAGAGGAGGCAGAGGAUCGCUGUGUCGAAGCAGAAACAAGAGAUUCUGGAGAUAUUGUUGCAAUUAAUACAUAAACCUUGAUUAUUUUUGUAAAUGAUAGUCCUUUUAUUUUAUUGAUUUAUAAAUAAAGCUAAUGUUAAGAUAAA